AUGGCUUCUUGCUUGGUCCCUGACUUCCCGGCCGUCAUGGUUGCUCUCGAGCAUUUAAAGGAACUGGACAAACAGCUGAAAGACGAGGGAGUACCAUUCGCACCUGAAGCCAGCCUCCAUCUGGCAGAGAUGACCGCUGCUAUUACUGACCUGGAGUCGGAGCGACGUGCUGCCCAUGAACAUUUAGAAGUGGAAACCAUAGAAAACAGUAAGUUAAGACACCAAAUUAGCAACAUACGUGAACGAAUGAGCCAGGAAAUAAUGGCUGACGUUGCAGCAGCCCGGGCAUCUAACGCCGAGGAGAUAGAGCAGCUGCACAAAGACCUAAACACAGUCUCUCAGCUACAAGAAGCCACUGUAGAGAGGCAGGAAGCCCUCUUGAGCCUAAACGAAGUGCUGUAUCCUCAGCGAGAACAGGUGAAAGCUGAGCACGAAGAGAUCAUUGCUGCUCUGAAUGAGCAAAUCACCCUAAAGUAUGGCUUGCAAAUGCAGCUGGAUCAGACACAGGAGCAGAUAGAGGAGUUGAAGUCCUGCAUCGCUGCUGUUGAACAGGGCAGAACAACACUGGAGCAAAACAUGGCGCUGGAGAGAGAGGCUUUCACUGGGAAAAAAGACAACCUGUCCAGAGAAGUGGAUCAGAUAGAUGAGAAAAUAAAGCAGCAGAAGCAAGUGAUCAGGAGGCGCAGAAAAGAGCUGGACAGAGUUAACAACAAAAAACAAGAAACCCACAGCCAUCUGGGAGAGCUCACGACUGAUGUGGCCAAGCUAGAGAACAAUUUACAAAGACUGACAGCAUCUCGGUGCCAGUUGGAGAAACACCUGGAAGGGGAGACCCAAAAGCAUCACGAUCUGAGGCAACAGAGAGAAACACUGAAGAAGGAGUUGUGUGAGUUAGGAGAGGCGUUCAGCCUUGCCAUUCAGCGCCUUAAAGAGGAAAUUGCCACAGUGCAGGCUAAAAUAGAGGCGGGUCGAGCAUCACGGUUGCACUAUCAAGACAAUCUGGCUCAGAUCUAUGAGAUAUUCAAGCGGCAGCAUGAUGAAGAGAACGAAGUAAGGGCGGAGCAUUUCCAUGUCUCACAGCAGCUGGAGCGGUCCAGGCUGCAGCUGGAGGAACGCAUUGCCUCCAUAGUCAAACACAGCAAGGACAUUAAAGAGAUGGACAAGCAGAUCAGAGAACUCCUGGAAGCUGACACGAUCAACAAGCGUGUGUUUGAGAGGAAUCAGGAGGAGCUGUGUGGUAACGUGGACACAGAGAGGAAGAACAUCAGCCAUCUUGAGGAGGAGAAGAGCAGGCUAAAGAGACUCCUGGAGGAGGCGAAGAGGAUGCAGGAGGAAUACAUGGCGAAAAUGACCGCUGACAUCAGUAACACCAGAAUGAGAUAUGAGGAGCUGCAACAAGAGGAGGCUGCACUCCUGCAGCGUCAGCCGAAGAGCACAGAUGCCGACUUGCUAAGGAGCUACGUGACCCAGUGUGAAGCUGAGAACAGACAAAUAGAGAUCAAACACCAUCAGGAAAUACAGCAAUGCACUGCUGAGACUGAGAGCAUCACAAGGAGCAACGAGGAGAAGCAGAGGGAGGUGAAGGAGAAGGAGGACAUGCUGAAGGAGGCGGAGGCCAAGUGGAAUGAGGAGCAAAGCAGGCACCAGAGACUGCAAACGCUCACCUCUGAGCUGAGGUGCCGGAGGACUGAGCUGGAGCUGUCAAUUCAAGGGUUGAAGGAGAAAACCAGCUCUCUGCUUCAGCCCAAAGAGGAGAUGAAGGCUGAGCUGGAGGAAAUGCGAGCUGGUUACGUGGAUGUGCUCGACAAGCAGGCCUCAGAGCUGAGAGCUGUAGAAGUGAGCGUCUAUAACAAUAGUGUGAAACUGGACCAGGUCAGGAUGGAGAACAGCAGGCUGCAUCUCUGUAUCAGACAGAUGACAGAGGACGUUAGCAGAGCCAGGAGGAACAAAGACAGAUACUGUCAGGAGAUUCACCAGUUCAACCAGGACCUCAAUGCCUUAUUCGAGAGUUUACAGGAGGCAUGGAGAGAGGAUUUAUUGGUAACCCAGGACUGUCAGAGCAGUGAUGGAGUUCUGCUGGUGUCCAUGCGUGCUCUGUUGAACCAUCUGAAGAAUAGGAGACAGCAGUUAGGAGAUGUCAACACACUCCUGCACCAACAGAUGUUAGAUUUUAGCAAACGACUGGGAGAUAAAACAGCUAUAAACCAGCAACGCUGAGUUGAUAAAAGUGACUAAGUCUAUGUCACAAAGAACCACACGUGUUUACAUGAAUUCAGACAAUCUGUAAACUCCAAAAAUAAAUCUCAAAGCAACAAGAAGAUCAAAUGAAUACACGUUUGUUAAGUUUAUUUAAUAGAAUAGAGCUGUUGUUAAUGUUCUUAAAACACCGGUGCUUUUCCUGCUAUGACAAGUUAAGAUGUCUGUGAAAAAGGUUUGAUUGUUUACUAAUUACUAUCUGUAUCUGAGUUGUAUAUCAGUUAUCAUGCAUCAGCUUUGGUGAAGAGAUACCAGAUAGUUACAUCCUGAAUGGAGGCCUUACAUAGAAUAUAUGUGCUGUUAGCAUCGCUCAUCACGUUCAGAGUUAAAUGUUCACUCUCUGUGCAGUGGCUAAACAUUAGAAAGAUUUUAAGUUCAUGUAGCCACUAUGACUUGUUGUUAGCUAUAACUAUAGCUAUAUGGAGCUUUAACAUGUGAGUACAGAGGACUUAUUUAACAUAA